UUUGGGGAGAGAGACUCUGGUUAAAACCGGCGAUCUGAACAGUCGAAAAAUAAGUCGUGUCGAAAGUCGAAGUCGAGAUUGUCGGGUCGGGAUAAUCUCCGCCGAAUCGUCGUUAAACAUUGCCGAUGUCAAAUGGUAUCAACUCUAUUCUCUAUUGUAAAUAAAUUAUUUGUUAAACCAACAAAGGAAAGAGUGUCAAUGUACAGUUCAACGAUAACCGAAUACGAGGACAAUAAAGGCCGAAAGUCAACGGGAACGGAAAAUGGCAGGUGUUCGGUUCUCAAUCAACCGUCGAAAGAGCACAUACCGGCGGCACAGCCAUUAAUUUGGCGCAAUAUCAUCGUCAUCGCCAGUCUCCACGUCGUGGCGAUCUAUUUGUUCGCCACGCGGUAUCACGAGGCAAAAUUUUGGACCUGGAUUUGGGAAUUUGUGUACGCAUAUACGGCCGGUGUUGGCAUAACGGCGGGCGCUCAUCGUCUCUGGGCGCACAGGAGCUACAAAGCCAGAUUGCCACUCAAAAUACUAAUCGCUUAUCUGUACUGCAUGGCUGGUCAGACUCAUCCAUCGAAAUGGGUUCGCGUCCAUCGAACCCAUCACAAAUUCACGGACACGUCUGCGGAUCCGCACAACUCGAACCGCGGAUUUUUCUUCUCACACAUCGGCUGGCUGAUGAUGAAACAUCAUCCGGACGUCAAGAAGUACGGCAAAGUGGAUAUGAGCGACAUGGCGGCCGAUCCUGUGAUACGCUUCGUCGACAAAUAUUAUCCGCCGAUCAUGGUGUCUUUGGCGUUUGUAGUGCCGGUCUUGGUGCCGGUCUACGUGUGGAACGAAGCCUGGCACGUGAGCAUAGGUUCCAACAUUAUACGCUACGUGAUACUGUUGAACUCGACUUUUCUCGUCAACAGUGUCGCUCACAUUUGGGGCAAUCGACCGUACAACAGAACUAUUAAGCCAACGGAGAAUCCGGCAGUGUCUUUCAUCACCCUCGGCGAGGGCUGGCACAAUUACCAUCAUUGCUUCCCGUGGGACUAUAAGGCCGCGGAGUUGCCCCUGUAUCGUUCAAAUCUGUCGACCGCUUUUAUAGAUUUCAUGGCUUGGUUGGGUUGGGCGUACGAUCUCAAAACGGUGAAUUCCGAGUUGAUUGACAGAUAUUCCAUCAACCACGGUGACAGCGAGGUGAAAACUAGCUCUUUCAGACGAGACGUAAACAAGAUGUCUUCGAAGUAAUUGUUAAAUAACAAAUAUAAUAAAAAAAAAAAAAAUGUUUAUUAGAAAUAAAAUGUUUAUUAGAAAUAAAAAAUGUUUGAGAGAAAAUAAACCGAAGAGUGCAAAAUGGAUGUACGGAAGAUCUCGUCAUUAAAUUAAUUAAUCACGUUUCGUGUUAGAAAUAGAGGUCA